GGCAACACUGGCCACAAUUUACACAGUGGCAUGCACUUUCAAUAAAAAGUGCGAAAACAAAUGCGAAUUUAGAACACAUAUAUACGUGAUAUGUUAAGUAAUUGACUAUAAAACACGCAUAAAAAGCGUAAAAUGCAGUCAAGUUAUUGCCGUUAAAUACAUGGUGCGCGUAAAUAUCAAUGCAGCGGGCAGAGAAAGCACAAAUAUCGCAGUCCCAAGUCACUUGUGCAUGUUUGUGUGUGAGGCCGUAUGUUUGUGUGUGUUUAUUAGUCAAAUUUAAUUUCUACGUUUUUAAUUUAUUUCGGCACAUUUUACCAGAAAAUUUUAAUUUUGUACACUCUUAUACGAAGCGAGCAUACAACGGCUUUUGCCCAAUUAAAUUAUUAACAACUGCUGACCGAAGGCAGCGCCCGCCCACCCACGUCAAAAACAUUUGGGCAAUGCAUGUGUCUGCUACGUUGUUGUUUGUUUGUUGAUUGCACCGCAAUUGUUUCAUUUUCAGCUUCUUUGUUUGCAUUAAUUGAAAUCUAAGACCGAGAGUGACGCAAAAUCAAAACGGCAAGUGCAAGUGAAGGCUUUCGCCUCGCGCCAACAACAGCAACAACAACAGACACAUUCAACUACGACAAUUGAGUCGCUGCGACAACAACAAUAACAACAACAACAAAUCAGCUGUCAAACCGUUUCAAGAUGGCCAUACCGCCACCACCGGGACCACCACCACCGCCAGGACCGCCGCCGCCUCCGGCUAUGGGCGGUUUGAAACUGGGCGGCGGAGGAGGAGGAGGUGCCGAUCCGCGCUCCGCCUUGCUAAACUCCAUCCAGAAGGGCACAAAGCUGCGCAAAACGGCUACCGUGGAUAAAAGUGGGCCAGCGUUGUCCGGACGUAUCUGUGAUGGAGACGGAGGCUCUGCUGUGGCGUCCGCUUCCAAACGUACGCUCAACAACAACAAUAACAAUAACAGCAGCAACAACAACAACAGCAGCGGUAGCAACAACAUUGGCAAUGGGGCCCCGAAAUUGGGCGGCCUUUUUGAAGGUCUUUCGCAGAUGCCAAAGCUGAAGCCCGUUAACGGUGUUCGAGGAACAACAACAACAACAAAGUCCACAGCGAAUGAGACGCGCAGCAACAGCCCCCCCGCUGCCGCCGCCUCUGCCGGCGUCGCUGCUUCCGCUGGCAGCAGUGGACCCAUGGACUUCAACACAGAGCUCACAAAGCAUUUAACAUUGAAGCGUCAGAAGCAACAACAACAACAACAGCAACCAGCAAGCAACAACAGCACACAUAUCAAUGCAACCGAAGCAAAUUUAAGAACAAAUCGUGGACCACCACCGCAGCCGCCAAAGAACUCCAGCGAUUCCAUAUUAGACCGCAUGAACAUACCUCGCACAACAACAACGCCCACAUCCAGUGGCACAUCCAAUGCGAAUGCCACAUCGACUGCCAAUGGCAAUGGCCAUGUCAAGUCGAAAGCCUCAUCGCCUACGCUCUCGGAGAGCGGCAGCAGCGGCAGUGUGAAAAGUAAAGCGGCUAAUCUUAGUAUCUCGUUAGGCAAUAGCUUUGUAAAUAGUUCAAUUACAAAAACAACAACAACAACAACAAAUUCAAGUCGAGCAACAACAGCAACAACAACAGCUUCAAGUGGAACAGUGCGCAAUUUGGCGCCAAAUAAAUCAACAUUGUUUGGUGGUAGUGGUAAUGGUAGUGGUGCUGGUGGUGCAUCAAUUGGUGGUGGUAAUGUCUCGCCCACGCCCACUCCGUCACCCCCCGCCCAACAGCAACAGCAACAACAACAACCGAAGCCGCCUAUUGGAUAUGGCAAGCCAAAUUUUGCCCCAAAACCGCCGGGCUUACAGCAAUUGGCCAUGGCCAAUGGUCACCAGCGUCCAGCGGUUGCGAGACAUCACAGCAUGAAGUCACCCAGAUCUCCGCCAGCUGUGGGCGCCAUCAAUGGUCCCGUUUUUCCAACGCAACAACAUUUUGGCACAAUGCGAGCACCGCUGCAACAGACGCUGUUACUCCAGUCCAGCGAAGGCAUCGGUGGCAGCACCAACAGCAUCAUGGGCACCAUUCGGUCUGCCCCCAACCCGCCAAAGACACGCCCCUCGGUGAAGCCACCGCCGCCUCCGACGCCGGCGCGCAGCAUCUCGAACAGCAAUUUGAGCAGCAUUGCAGCGCCGUUCAGUGCCGUUAACACGACGCUGGUGCAGAGUGCAGCCAUCAGCAGCACGCCAGCGCCAUCUCCGCCCCCGCAGCUGCCAUCGAACUCGAGCAGCAGCAGCAGCGUUGCCACUCUGCGCGAUCAGUUCCGAGUUGGCGGCAAUGCAACGCCAUCGACACCGCCAAAUGGCAUUACUGCCAGCCCGAAGUCAGCGACAAUGCGGGAGAAGGUGAAUCCCAUCAUUUUGAACGGUGGUCCCAUCAAUCCGCCAGCGUUGCCACCACAUCGCACUUGCCCACCGCCUCCGCCGCCGCAGCGUCAGUCCAGCAAUGCUGGAUCGCAGCAGGCGCCUGUGCCGCCCCAGCGUCACUCCUCCAUACGGGCCAAUGCGCCAUUGACGCCGCCCACGCACAUGGCCAAUGCAACGCACAAUUUUGGCAGUAGCGGUGGAUUGGCAACGGCACCAGGAUCAGGAGGAGCGGCUGCGGGAGGAGCUUCAGUUGGUCGGCUGGUCAUCGAUUUGGAGACAAAGUUUGGCAAGAGAUUUCAUAAUGUCACCGAGUUUCCAAAGCCGCCGCCGUUUCUAAAUAUACAAAAAAUGUAUCCUAGUCGCACGCUUAAGGCAACCAAUGAAGCUGCUUUGGCGCCCAACAACAAUAGCAACAACAACAACAACAGCUCAGCUGCAUACAACAACAACAAUGCAAAAGCGCCACCUGUACUGAAACCUGCUUAUGCGCCGCUUAAAAAACACCGCGCACCCGCUCCGCCCCCGCAGGCUGGCGUUGCCGCCGCCACAGUGUCUGUGAUAAGGCAAUCCAGUUUUCUUUAUGGCGGCAACAGCGCAGCUGGCGCUAACGCCGCCAAUGUGCGUCCGCAGUCGCAGCCGGCGUCAAGCGUACCGCGAAAUUCAACGGUCUAUUGAGAGGGAGUCCCAAUGUAAUCACAAUUGUAAAUGAUAUCGAUGUUUAUGCUUUGUAUAUAUACAGUUUAUAUGUGUGUUUGUAUUAAUUGUUCUUCUGUGUGUGUGUGUAUGACCAAAGUUGUAUGUGUAUGCGUGUGUGUGUGUUAAUGCGAAUUGUUCAAGUGCCGUUUGUAAAGUGUAUAAGAAAUUUGAGAUGCACAAUAAAUAAGAAAGACAGAG